AUGACACUAGAUUUGACAACUUCACUACAAAUUAAGAAUUAUGGAACAUGGAGAGUAGUAGAAAUUAUUCAAAGAGUGAUUUUUACAGUCUUAUUAUUUUCUUUUGUCUCAGUUUCACUAUUUCAUAUGAGAAAAAUGAAAAAAGUCAAAAAGUUAGUAAUAUUUUUGAUAUCAAUAUGCUUAUAUAUUAGUUUCAAAAUCGAUGAAAGUCUUUUAAGUUUAAUAUUAUUAUCAAAUUACAAUGAUGGUAAAAAACCUGAACCACAUUUAUUCAUCUCAAUUUACAUUUUGGACACUAUUGGAUUGAGGUUUUUUUUUUAUUGCAUAUCAACUUUAACUACUCGGUUAUUGAAGCGUCAAGAUCAUUCACAAUUGGUCACUAAGGUUAAUAGACUCAAUGUCAAUACAGUAAGAGCCUUUUAUUAUGAUGAGACAAUGAGAAGUGAAACAAAGGUUAAUAGCACUCCAAAAGAAGAUUCAAAGAAUAAACAAUUAAGUGUAAUUUUAUUUUGGAUUAUAGCUAGCAUAUCUAUAAUAGCAACUUUUUUAAACAUCAUUGGAUCUUGUGUUGCAUUAAACAAUCAAGUUACAUCUACAUGUUUACUUCAAGUUUCUUCAGUUUUGUUUUUAAUUGACAUUAUAGUGGUAAUUUUGAUAUUGUUCUAUAUAAUGAUAAACUUUAUAAGCAAGGGCAGUUCAGAAUCAAGAACUUCAACAAUAUUGUUGAUGAUAACUUCAUUUUCAAUCUUGAUUAAAUGUUCAAACUUUGUUAUAAGCUCGUGGGGUGGAUUAGAUCUUGAGAAUUUAAACAAAUAUAUGUUUUUAUAUGGAGAUUAUGUUUAUUAUACGUAUUCAGCUUUAAUGCCUGAGAUUUUUGGUACUAUUUUGAUACUAGUUGAGUAUCUGAGAUGGUACAAUUGUUGCUGA